CGGAUAGUAUAUUUAAUCGUUGUCAGUGCGGUCUUAUUGUUGCAGCAGAAGAAAUCUAAACUAAAGUAGCAGUGCGUUCCGCUCUUCUUCUCCGCUCUUCUCUUGCCGCAAAGAGAUUUCACAACUUGUGUUUAUUUUUUUCCGUUCGCCGUUUGUUGUUUUUUUGUUGCCCCCAAAUGCGUUUCUGUUGUCAGUGGUGUUGUGUGUGAAAAGGAGCGCUAAAGCGAAUGCGAGUCAAAGUUAAAAGUUGUGCGUAAAUACACAAAUGCGGAUUCAUCUCAAUUAGUUUAAAUAAAUUAAUUACGAGGAGAAUUGCUGCUAUUUGACGGAGGACAGCAGCAGAAAGCGACGACCAAGGGGAGACACAGUAAAUCAACAGGUGCUCACAUCGAAUCGAAAGAAAUUUGGGCACAGUGAUUAGAGGAGGAGCAUCAGUGCGGCAGCAGCGGUUAUAAACAGCAGUAGUUGAGAGGCGUGCGUCGGCUUUUUGAAGGCGCCGGCCGGCAUAGAGAACUUUUCCGAGACGCGAGCGCCCAGCGGAGCAGUCGCCACCACGACGUCGACGUCGCCGCCGCCGCUGCCGCGAGCUGCGCUGCUGUCAACGCACUUGGACGCCAGCGCCGACGACAAUCGCGGGCGUGUCUACAAGCUCCGGAAGAAGAAAUACCUGGACGCAGCUCACAUAACAUAGGUUGUCGUCGAGGUGGAGCUAUCGCGGAAUUAUUUGGUGCUAGGAAUCGAAUUCGGAAACGGAACUGGAGACGGUGCUAGGAGUUUAGGAGUUUGGGAAUUUUUUCUUUUUUUUUGUAAACCGGAGGAAACAGGAUUUCCAAACACCAGUCCCAGGAGGAAUCAGUCAUCCAAAAAAGACAGAAAGAGAAAGACAGACCCAGAGAGAGAGAUAGAGAGAGAAACAGAAAAAGCAAUGCCCGUACAAUCCCCCAUCGAGAUCAGCAAUCGUGCAAUCGAGCACAUUGAUGAUGUGGAUCCACUGGAAUAUCAUGGUCACUGGGAGCCAGUGGGUGUGGCAAGAGUCCAAAAUACCGGCACCUCGGCAAUGGUAACUUUCAGCAAACGAAAGCAACAACCAUAUAUUAUCGGCGGUGCCCUGGACACGGACAUGUAUGUGUUCGAGCAGCUGCACUUUCACUGGUCCGAUAGCGAUGAAUCCGGCUGCGAGCAUACGCUGGAGGGGAUGAAGUACUCAAUGGAGGCGCAUGCCGUACACUACAAUGCCAAGUACAAGGAUUUUGCCGAGGCCAAGAACAAGCCCGACGGCCUGGCCGUGGUGGCCUUUUUCAUACAGGCGUGCGGCGAAAAGGAUUGUCCGGAGUUCAAAAAGAUUACCGAGGGCAUACGCAAUGUGCAGAAGAUCCAGACGAGUGCGUCGCUGGAUUCCGAUUGCCUGUCUUGGAUUGGUCUGCAGGAGUUGAGCAAGCAUUAUUAUACCUACAAGGGUUCGCUGACAACGGCGCCGUACUUCGAGAGUGUCACCUGGAUCAUUUACCGCACACCCAUCUAUGUGUCGCGCGGUCAGGUCAGCGUUUUUCGCAAUUUGCAAUCGUGUCCCAAAGAUGAGUCCAAAAAGAUAGUCAACAAUUAUCGAGAGAUUCAGCGUCCGCACAAGGAUCCGGAGAUCUUUUUCGCACGUAACACAAAUCCAAAGUCUAAAUUAUGAUGUGCUUUGCUGGUGCCGGAGACCCUCCCCCCCUCUCUCUCCAUUGCUCCUUUCCAUCCGUUUUGCCUGUGAAAUGAUCGUGGAAUCCCAUCCAAAAUCAAUAUCUGUCUAUGGUUUUACUCUAAGCUACUUCUUUUUGUUAUUUUGCCUCAUGUACAUAGCGUUAUAUAUAUUCCUAACACACCCACAUAUAUAUAUCUAGAUAUAUAUAUACGUUUAUAUUAACGGAGUAAUUACGAAUGAUUUUAGUCGGAACACGCGGUUGCCUUGCAUUGAAUAUUUCCGAGAAAUAUAUCGGGCACAACAACAUACUUAAGACAUAUAUUGUACAAGAGACGUAAAUCCUAACGUUUAAGCUAACUAGUUAAAGAAGAAUUACAAAAAAAAAAAAGCAACAGUGAAUGAAGGAAAGAAAGCGAGAAAAAAAACUUAAAACACAAACACAUUUUGUAUGUCCCAACUGAAUUUAUUAAAAGUCUAUAAUUAAAACA